UGCCUUAAAAAAUUACGUCACUACAGUGAGACACCGCCAGUCUGUCAUUUCUCACCUUAAAGUUCAUAAAACAGACAGCAAAAAACUUGUGUUUAGCAACUAAUAAGGUAGAAGAAGAGCCUUUCCUUUUUAACAUGCGUAUUCUCAUUUUGCUGGCGUUCAUUGUGUGACCUAAACCGACAUUUGUAGCCACUGUGGCGUCUUAAUUGCCAAUGCAAUGGCUUGCUAUUGGCCAUUCACUUUCAUGACAAGGUUUCUUGUGCGGUGUAGGUGGGAUAACUCUCUGCGUUUUUCAUCUAAAGACAAUUUAUCUGGCGUUCAGGGAAAGCUGAAUCCAUUAAAGAACCAGCAGAGGAAGAGACACAAGAAGCUCACCUGGGCUGGUGAUCUAUCCUGGGAGGAGAGGCUGGCUUCUGUAGCCACCCCACUGUGGAGGCUUAGUUAUGAUGAGCAACUUCAAAUCAAGCAAAAUCAUCAAAAGAAUAUACUCAAGCAUCUGUGUGGGGGAGGGAAUAUCACAUUCCCUGUCUUGCCUAUCUUGCCAUCUCCAGUCAAAGACGGUUAUCGCAACAAGUCAACAUUCUCCGUCAACAGGGGAGUGGACGGGAACCCAAAGACAGUUGGCUUUUACGUGGGCAAAGGCAAGCACGGGAACAUUGUGUGCGUCAAUGGAGACCACUUGCCUAACAUGCCGGAGAAGCACAAACAGGUGGCCAGAUGCUACCAGGAAUUCAUCCGCCGUUCUUCCCUAGAGCCUUGCCUCCUCUUCCACAAAGGGGGCCAUUGGAGAGAGAUCACGGUGAGGACCAACGCAGCAGGCCACACCAUGGCUGUCGUGUAUUUCCACCCACAGACGCUAAACCGGGAGGAUAUUGCAGCCCACACGGCGGACUUGACGGAAUUCUUCACAAAGGGUGCUGGGUCGGCUUGUGAGCUGCACUCACUCUACUUCCAAGAGAGCACCAUGACCCGCUGCACGCAUGAGGACUCGCCAUACCAGCUCCUGUAUGGUCAGACACACAUUUACGAGCAGAUGCUGGGUUUCAGCUUCCGCAUCUCUCCUGAUGCUUUCUUCCAAGUGAACCAGGCCGCCGCUCAGGUACUGUACAGCACGAUACGAGACUUGUGUGUCCCCAUUUCUGAGGACAGAUCAGGGACUCUCCUUGAUGUUUGCUGCGGGACUGGCGCAAUGGGCAUUACAGCGUCUCCUAGAGUACAGCGACUUGUUGGCGUGGAGGUUGUAGAGCAGGCGGUAGAAGACGCGAGAUAUAAUGCCGCCCUCAAUAAACUUGACAAGUGCGAGUUCAUCGCUGGUAAGGCAGAGGUAGUACUCCCUGGCCUCAUUUCACGGUUGACAUCUGAUGAUGGGUGUCUCACUGCCGUGGUGAACCCCUCUCGUGCCGGCCUCCAUCACAGAGUAAUACAGGCCUUACGCAACCAACCAGCCAUCCGCCGUCUUAUCUAUGUAUCCUGCAAACCAGACGGUGAGGCCAUGAGGAACUUCAUUGAACUUUGUUGCUCUCCCGACCCAAAGAAGAAACUCAAAGGAGAUGCUUUUUCUCCAAGUUUGGCUGUGCCUGUGGACAUGUUCCCACAUACUGUACACUGUGAAUUGGUUAUUCUCUUUGAGCGGUAACAAAUGGCAAAUUUCUUACCUCGUGAUCAAAACUGUGUCAGUGAUAGCUUCAUCUCAUACAGUGUUAUGGAAAAAGUAUCUGAACUAGGGCUGUCAAACGAUUAAAAUUUUUAAUCGAGUUAAUUACAGCUUAAAAAUGAAUUAAUCGUAAUUAAUCGCAAUUAAUCGCAAUUCAAACCAUCUAUAAAAUAUGCCAUAUUUUUCUGUAAAUUAUAUAUUCUGUAAAAUAAAUUGUUGGAAUGGAAAGAUAAAACACAAGAUGGAUAUAUACAUUCAACAUACGGUACAUAAGGACUGCAGUGGGCAUUUCACUCCACUGUCAUUUAAAUCUGUGAAUGCUGUCCUCACACCGAAGCGUCUACUUUUUUCCAAAGCUAGACAGCUAGUGAACGACGCCUUAAUAAUUAGACUUCUUCCUUUUUCAUCUGAUUUAUUAAUAAAAUAGCCUCAAACCAUUGUCCUCUUUAGACCGUUGUAAAACUACAGAAAAAAAAAAUACACAAGCAUUGCAUUAGCAACAACGUUAGCUUAGCACGCUAUACAGGUUCACUAAACAUAAACAAAAAGCGUCUCAUACAAAAAAUACAACAUUUUGCCCACUAACAUAAUAUGUACAUUCUUUACAACAACCAUACUUACGGACAAGGAUCUUGUCCAAGGAUCAUAUAAGCACAACAUUAUCAGCCUGAGACGUCGUGCAGCCAUAAUGAACUGGAACGAAAACAAUAAACCAUGUCGCAAAGCGACCACAAGAGUUCGCUGUUGGACAGCACAAAAAGUCUUGCUUUAAAACUUAACAAAAGGCAGAAUACUUUCUGAGCGGGACAUGUGCGUUAAUUGCGUCAAAUAUUUUAACGUGAUUAAUUUAAAAAAUUAAUUACCGCGCGUUAACGCGAUAAUUUUGACAGCCCUAAUCUGAACCUUUUGGAAUUUCUCACAUUUCUGCAUAAAAUCACCAUCAAAUGUGAUCUGAUCUUGGUCAAACUAAACUAAACAGUCAAUAUUUCAGUGUUACAUGUUGUUUAUUUUUUUGUGUUUAUUUACCUAUUGAUUUAUUUUGUGAUAUUGAUAUGCAUGUACAGCAUGUAUAGUUUAGAAUUAUAUGGAUGUGCGUCUUAUGUAUAAAAUUCAUUAUAUUUUGAACGUGUAGGAGUGGGGACCUUAUAAGCUAUGCUUCUUCUCACUCCUUUUCAGAUGUUUGCGUUAUGAUUUCAGUUACCGGUAAUAAUUUUUGUGUGGAUUUUGACGCUAAUUAAUUUUGUCUUAACAUCUGAAAUCAAAUCAAAUAAAAAUCACACAGAUGAAAAAGCAGUGUUUUCUUUAACUAAAACCACCCAAACAUUUAGAGGUUUUCAUGUUUUAAUGAGGAUAGUAUGCAAACAAUGACAGAAGAAGGAAAAAUAAGUAAGUGAACCAUCACAUUUAAUAUUUUGUGCCCCCCUUUGGCAGCAAUAACUUCAACCAGACGUUUCCUGUAGCUGCAGAUCAGUCCGGCACAUCGAUCAGGACUAAUCUUGGCCCGUUCUCUACAAAAUUGCUGUAGUUCAGUCAUAUUCCUGUGAUGUUUGGCAUGAAUCGCUGCCUUUAGGUCAUGCAAAAGCAUCUCAAGUCUGGACUAUGACUUGGCCACUCCAGAAUGUGUAUUUUGUUCUUCUGAAACCAUUCAGAAGUUGAUUUACUUCUGUUUUUGUGGAUCAUUGUCAAGUUGCAGCAUUCAUCCUCUUUUUAGCUUCAACUGUCUGACAGACAGUCUCAGGUUUUCCCGCAAGACAUCCUGAUAAACCAGGGGUGGGCAAACCGGUCCUCGAGGGCCGCAGUGGGUCCUGGUCUUUGUUCCAACUGACCCAGCACAGAUAGUAUAACCAAUGAGGUUUCAGCAGAAAUGAGAAGCACCUGACUGCAAUCGACUGAUUGCACUUGUAAAACAGCAGAUUGGUGAAAAUGUGUCCUCUUAAUGGGUUGCAACAAAAAUUUCGCACCGACUGCGGCCCUUUGUGGAAUAGUUUGCCCACCCCUUUGAUAAACCUUUGAAUUCAUUAAUGAUUGCAAGUUGUCCAAGCCCUGACGUAGCAAAACAGACCCAAAUCAUGACGCUCCCUCCACCGUGCUUCACGGCGGGGAUGAGGUGUUGAUGUUGGUGAGCUGUUCCAUUUUUUCCCUCCACACAUGAAAAUGUGUGUUACUUCCAAACAAUUCAACUUUGGUUUCAUCAGUCCACUAAAUAUUUUUGCCAAAACGUCUGUGGAGUUUCCACAGUCCAAGUGGCUUUUUGCGAACAUUAAACGAGCAACUAUGUUUUUUUUUUUGGGGACCACAGCGACUACCUCCGUGGAGUCCUCCCAUGAACACCAUUCUUGGCUAUAGUUUUACAUAUAAUUGAUAUGUGCACAGAGAUAUUGGACUGUGCCAGUGAUUUCUGUAAGUCUUUCGCAGACACUCUAAUGUUCUUUUUUUAUCUGUUUGAGUGUUCUGCACUGAACUCUUGGCAUCAUCUUUAGUGGACGACCACUCCUUGGGAGAGAAGCAACGAUGCCAAACUCUCCAUUUGUAGACAACUCCUCUGACUGUCGAUUGAUGAACAUGCAGAUUUUCAGAGAUGGUUUGGUAUCUUUUCCCAGCUUUAUACCAAUCAACAAUUCUUGAUCGCACGUCUUCAGAUAGCUCUUUUGAAGCUACGAUGCACAUCACACAAUGCUUCUCAUCCAGAAAAUUCUUCCCAGGUGUAUGUUUUAUAGUGGGCAGGGCAGCUUUAAACCACUUAUCAGUGAUUGGGCACACGCCUGACUUAUUGUUAGGUACAAAUUGGUUUUAAUUGCUCUUUAAGUUUCCUUAGGCAGAGGGUUAGCUUACUUAUUUUCUCCCUUGUGUCAUUGUUUGCAUGCUAUCCUCAUUAAACUGAGUUUAGUUCAAGCAGACAUUGUAUUGUCAUCUGUGUGAUUUUGACUCAGAUCACAUCACAUUUGAUGGUGAUUUUAUGAAGGAAUGUGAGAAAUUCCAAAAGGUUCAGAUACUUUAUCAUACCACUGUUAUUAGCUACCAUUAUUGGGACUAAUGGUGUGACAAAAAAGCCAAAUGGUGAAAUAUUGUGAUACUUUGUAUUCAAAAAGUUUUUAACAAAUGGUGAAAUAUUGUGAUACUUUGUAUCCAAAAAGUUUAUUAAUAUGCUGAAAAUAUGAGAAAACAGCUCUGCUCACAGAAUUUUCAAGGUAUGAAACUACUUCCAGAACCAAUUAAUUUCACAAGUAGAGGUACCACUCUAUUAUUAUUAUUAUUUGCCAUGAAAAUGUAUAGGUCCUUACGGAACACACAGUAUAUUCAAGCAUAGGACACCGAAACAUAGUAUACAUUUUUUAUUAACUGUAAAAAUGCAGCAGUCAUUCAAUCCAUUAUAUGUGCGUGUUAACAAAGGUAUUAAGAUAAAUAGGCAUUCCUUUUGAGAUUUAAAGGUACUGUUGUCUUAUGACUUGAAAGGCUCGUUUACUGGGCACAAGUGAAGGCAGGGCAUGCGAGCUAGCAGCAGUCAUGCUAAAAAAAAAAUAUUUCAAUAGCAUAUAGAUAGACAAUUGUUUAAAAAUCUUAAAAAGUGCUGCAUGGAAUUAAAAACUGUAAAACAGCAAACAGACUUAUUGUUCCCUUAAGUGUAAUUUUCUGCAUCUUUUCCAUUCACAUAUUUGCAAGAAGGUUUAUUUUAAAUGACUGGAAAACAGACCAGCUGUCAGCAUAGCAAGUGUGUAAAUAUUCUGUAUUAAACAUGAUUAUAUUAAGACUAAAUAUAUUAUUUAAAUUCUACCGACUCAAAAGGAAUAAACCCAUGAUUUAUUAAUUCAUUUUGGGCAGAAGGGGUUAACCAUGCAAUAAAUACGAUCAUCUUUUGAGUGGGUCUCCAGUAUGACCAUCUGCAGUUCUCAGAGUAGCCACUAGAUAGUGCCAGUGAACUUAUUUUAAAAAUGCCUGGUGCGAGUCAAUAAAAUAUCUUCACUUCCUAGAACAAAUUAAAGGCAUUUCCACUCCUUUUAACUGUGAUAGCUAAGUGAUUUGCGUUAAAAAAGCAUAAUGAAGGAACAACUAAAACCCCUGUUGUGACUUUAAGGUGUUUUCCUAUGACGAAAACACAACAGGUUGGCACAAAUACGUGUUUACAGAAUGGUGCUGUCACAUUGCAGACGUCAAUUAAAGCCGGUUUUUGCCAUAAAUAAGUCACCUGCUUUAGCUCUUCUAUGUCUCAGAUGUCUGGGGGGAGGGGACAAAAACAUUUUCAGUGCCACAUUUUUUAACAUUGAACAAAAUAAUAAGGCAUAUAUUUCUUAUUAAACUUCAAAUUUAUUCACUGUCCGCUGGGUAUUUUCUCAGUAAGGGCGCUUUCACACUAGACUAGACCAAAAGGACCAGCUGGAGAGCUACCUCGCAGCAACACUUGCAAAUGAGCAGUGUUGUUAAUCUUACUUUAAAAAAGUAAUUAAUUACAGUUACAAAUUACUUCUCCCAAAAAGUAAUUGCGUUAGUAACUCAGUUACCUGAAUGUAAAAGUAAUUAGUUACUUGGCAAAAAAAAAAAACAGGUCACACAAUGCGAAAAUUAAAGGGUUUUUGUGACAACUGGCCCUAGCCCAAUUCUUUACCCUAGACUUAACUAGACACUGGGGUAUUGCGGAUAUUGCUAUAUUGCUAGAUAGUAACCUUUGCUAUGUGUGGAAGUCAUUUAAUGUUCUGAAUCGACCGUUAAAGUUGUUAAAAUUGCUCCCGAUAUUGCAUUAGUUCCCUUCUGUCUACUUUCGACAUGUUAGUUUUAAAACUGUUUCAUCAUUUAAAGAUAGAUUUAAGUCGAGAUUUUGCCGAUUUAGGAGCAUUUUAGAUAAAAGGUUACUUAGGUUCGCUAGGAAGGUUCUCUACAACAGAGCUUUCCUAAGAGGUCUACUGCUUUAAGAUGGCGGCUGUUUAAUAACGCAUCUAGUUCUUUAGAUAUGUUGCUAAUGCCACUGUGUCUGUCAUUUGCGUCUAGUUCUACAAUAUAUGAUUUCUACCGUAGCAUUAUGUGGGCGUAGUUUGUAGGCUAUCGGCUACAGUCAGGUAUUAUUGGAGCCACCUUUGCAAUGGCGUCCCCAUUCCUGCUCUGCUCUCUAGUCUCCGUGAGUCCGUCUCUCUCAGAAUUUUCUCGCAUUUACCAACAUAGUAACGCAGAGUAACGCACGCCUUUCCCGCCUCAGUAACGGUAACGUCGUUGCCAAGAUAAGAAAAGUAAUUAAUUAGAUUACUCACUACUGAAAAAAAUAACGCCGUUAGUAAUGCCGUUAUAUUCUAAUGCCGUUAUUAGCAACACUGCAAAUGAGUUGUUGAAAAAGUUCAGCAUUCACACUGCGCCAACCGAACUUUCCGAGUAGCAUCACGUAGACGAAAGGCGCACUCAUUGAUUGGACAAAUAGAAGAGGAAAUGCCUCCCUCCUGGGAGGCGAGGGAGCGUGGAGCGUCACAGCGUGUUUCUGUGAUGCUGCACGUAAUGUAGCAUAGUAUUAUUUAUACAUGUUAAACAGUAUUUAGUUAUUUUUUUAUUAUUUUGCAAUGAUAACCGUGCAUCUGUGUCGUCUUUGUGUCAACUGUUUUGUGAAGCAGAAAUUUGUAUGCACGUAAGUUCGAGAAAAAAAAAGAAGUAGUAUAGCAUAGCAAGUCGCCGCUGGGGUCGCUCCCUUCUGACUCAAUGCCAAGCGAACUGGAGUAUAUAAAAAAAAAUGCAUGGGGAAAAUUAAACCACGAAAGGGAACCCUGUGGUACCCCAAUUCACACAGGUGUGCUAUCGUUCUCACUUUCGUGACUUUUUGGACUGUCAAAUUGUCGCCACUUCCAGGAGAGCGAGACCCACGAGAGGCUCCGCCUGUCUCGGCCAGUCAUUCUCACACGGUUUGUUCAGCAACAGCAUGCACAACACAAUCGCCACAUUACAACCCGAUUCCGUGUAUCAAAUGCAACUGCUUAGCGCAGCACAACAACAUUUGGCCCUGGCUAAUCAUCUGUCAUCUUGCUAUUGUUGAUUUUGAAUAGCAUCUUCGCGGCACUUCUGCUUCCAAGGAUGCCCUCCGUGUACCAUCGCAGUUGGAGCAUCACAGCUCCAGGCAGUGACGCUGCACAUCAAGUAGCAAAAGCAGACCCUGCUCCUGUUGCAUUCACAAGUGAAGCAGGUUGCACUUUAAAGCGGACCAAGACCCACGAUUUAUGUGAGUUCGUUUGUUUGGUCCGAACUAGAGUUCAGAUGCGUGUUCACAUUUACAAAACGAAGCGGAUUAUCUGAGAAAAAGAACUGUGGUCCAUUUAAAACAGACCAAACAUUGCAAGUGUGAAAGCGCCAGAAGUCUCAAUUUGAUUAUUUGGAGCCUGUUAAGAACUACAAUUUUAUACCCGGCAGAAAAUAAUUGUUUAGGUCUGGUUUCAGCUAAAAAUGGCUAAACUGGACACCUGAGAACACCACUAUCCACUGAUUUGAAUUUCUUUUAAAAAGCUAUUAAGCCCGGACACAUUUAACUAUAUUCAUGGUCUGUUGAGGCAGUCAAAGGAAUAUAUAAAGUCUGCAGUCUAAAGGUCACUGGGCCCUGGAUGAAACAACUCAGCAGCAGGAUUAUAAUACUACAAUUAAGCCAUGAAUGGGUCAUCAAGACUUCUCAAAGCAGCCAUGACAAUAAAUGUCAAUUACAAUUACACUUUCCCAUUAGAAAAAAAAACAUGUUCAUCCAAAAAAAUCACUGUUGACAUAUACAGAACUGUCAAAAAGAAUGAAUUGAGAACUAUAUAUGCUGGAUAACACAUCAUAAGAACCAUGCAGAUACAGUGCCUGUGAAACUGCUAAGUGUUUUAAUGUAAUGGCAUGACAUUAAUGCUCGACCUAAAAGUAAAAGUCCCCUAAGUCCUCAACUGCUUUGUUUUUGUGGCAGCUGAAUUUGCACAGCAAGUUCAGGUGCCCAAUAUCCACUAUCUGGUACAUUUCAAGUGACCUCCUAUCCGAUAUGGCUUUGUUUACAUUCACUCAACACAUGAAACAACCUGAAUGAGCAGACACCCGAAUUGCACAUACUCACCUGGCAUCGACAGAACAUAAGUGAACAAUAAUACAUUUAUAAUAUGCAUAUUAACAUUAAAUAGUGUUUGAAUGGCAUGUGCUGACUCGUCCCCUCAUUUGAUAUAAUGAGGGUCACCAGAGUCCACACUAAUCCAUAUUUGGAAGAAAUGUGAAGCUCAUCAGCAAGGGCGUAGGUUUGCAUUGGGACAGUAGGGACAUAACAUUACCAACUUUUCAGGGGGUUCAAAUUGUCCCCACUAACUUUUGAGCAACCUUAUUUGCAUUAUAUAAUGACUUGUUAUAUACAGUGCCCUCCAUAAUUAUUGGUUCCCCUGAAAAAGAUGUGUUUUUUAGCUUCUAAUAAAUAUAUUUUUAAUUCAAAUAAUAUGGGAGCUUAAUGGAAAAAAAGAGAAAAAUCCAACCUUCAAUACAAGUGCAUUAAUUCAGUGGGGAAAAAAUCCCACAUAAAGAAAAAAUUAUCUGACAUCAAAUAAUGUGUGUCACAAUUAUUAGCACCGCUGGUGUUAAUACUUUGUACAACCCCCUUUUGCCAACAAAACAAGGUCUGGGGGCUGAGAUGGCCAUGGGAGGAACUUGAUUUUGUGUCUGGUGAACCAUUUCUGUGUUCAUUUCUGUGGCGGCCGCCACAAAUGCUUAUUUUUUGCACUCAUGGAUAGUUAAGAGAAUAUUAACAAGUUUGUAUUUAUUGU